GAAAAAGUGCUGCAAAGGGUAUAAAUUUGUUCUUGGACAGUGUAUCCCAGAAGAUUAUGAUGUUUGUGCCCAGGCUCCCUGUGAACAGCAGUGUACAGACAACUUUGGCCGCGUGCUGUGCACCUGUUAUCCAGGAUACCAAUAUGACCGCGAGAGACACCGGAAGCGGGAGAAGCCCUACUGCCUGGACAUCGACGAGUGUGCCACCAGCAACAAGACGUUGUGCGACCACAUCUGUGUCAACACUGUGGGCAGCUACCGCUGUGAGUGCCGGGAGGGCUAUGUCCUUGAGGACGACGGGAAGACAUGCACCAGGGGGGACAAGUACCCCAACGACACUGGGCACGAGGAGAAGUCUGAGAAUGCCGUGAACGCCGAAACUUGCUGUGCCUCGUGCAAGGAGUUCCACCAGAUGAAGCAGACGGUGCUGCAACUGAAGCAAAAGAUUGCGCUGCUCCCUAACAGUGCUGCUGAGCUGGGCAAAUAUAUCACUGGCGACAAAGUGCUGGCCUCCAACGCCUACCUUCCAGGACCACCUGGCCUGCCUGGAGGCCAGGGCCCUCCCGGUUCACCAGGACCAAAGGGGAGCCCAGGCUUCCCAGGUAUGCCGGGCCCUCCUGGGCAGCCCGGCCCCCGGGGCUCAAUGGGACCCAUGGGACCGUCUCCUGAUCUGUCCCACAUUAAGCAAGGCCGGAGGGGUCCUGUGGGUCCUCCGGGUGCACCAGGAAGAGAUGGCUCUAAGGGGGAGAGAGGAGCACCUGGGCCCAGAGGGUCUCCAGGACCCCCAGGGUCUUUCGACUUCCUGCUGCUUAUGCUGGCUGACAUCCGCAAUGACAUCACUGAGCUGCAGGACAAGGUGUUCGGGCACCGGACUCACUCUUCAGCAGAGGAGUUCCCUUUACCUCAGGAGUUUUCCAGCUACCCAGAGAGCAUGGACUUUGGCUCUGGAGAUGACCAUCCAAGGAGAACUGAUGAAGCCAGAGACUUUCAUCCAUAGCACGUCCCACAGCUUCACCCCAACGGAAGCGCAAUGAAGGAAAAAACCACUGGAGACCUAGAAAGGAUAUUUUCAUCUUCUUUACUCUUGCCCUGGUUUCUCCCUACUCUUCUUCAAACACUAUUUUCAGAGUGCCCCACUGGACCUGCUAGAGACGCAAGAAGAGAUGGCUUUACAUACUAUUCAGUCAAUCUGGUGGUCUACAUUGGGACUUUUCUUUGAAAUUUCAGGAACGUUUGGGUUUUCUGAGUUAACUCCUCCCCAACACCCUAAAAUUGGGCAGAAUGUUUAAGAGGGAAAACAGCAGGGUGAGCUUUAGAAAAUGUGAGGCUAUUUUUUAAAAAUUGUGUUCAAAAUAGACUAGACCAUUCUUCCUCCAGUAUCAAAAUUGGGACUCUUCAUUCAAAAAGGGUGGAGAGGACAUAUAGAUGUACCUUAGUGGAUAAUUCUUUUUCCCCGUCAUUCUAAUAGAUUUUAUUCUAUCCUGUUAUUCAACCUCAUUUCCCAAAUUUGAUUAUAGAAAGAGAAUUAAGGAGUAGAGAUUAGGGAAGAUAGAGAAGAAUUACUACUCCUAGGUUGCCACACUUUAAAAUUUAAAUGAUUGAGUACAUGCCAUGCUUAUCUAGGAAAAUCCUACUAGCAGAAAGUUAUUUGACUGUAGGAAUAAAUCCUCUUUUCCAAAGACAAUAAAAUGCCCUGAUUCACAUCGGAACAGUGAGCUCUUGGUGCCAGAACAUUUUAAGCUAUUUGAUCAGAAGUGUGGUCCAGCUCCAUAAACCAGUUUAUUAAAUGAGGUGACCAGAGGCCUUCAGGUGCCAUUAGGCUGUGAUCCAGGCUGAUUAAUUGUACAGUGGGGCUUGAAGCUGGAAGGUCGUCCCUGGUGUAGGUUGUUGGCGGAGGGACAGGGACCCCACUGAAGCCCUGUCGGCCAGUGCAGAAGGUAAUGGGCUCCUCUUGGGCAUUAGAAGUCCUUGCCUAGAACCAGCCAAGCUUGCUAACGUGCUGAGAGUCACUCUGUUGAGAUGAUGGGAAGGGGAAAUAAAUGGUUUUCCUUACUUGACAGAAAUUUUCUUCCCGAUAUUCCUAUUUUUCCUUAAUUUUCCCUAAUUGAGUCUAAAUUGCGGUUCUUUCAGCCGCCUUGUAUAUUUUUCCUUAGGAAUGUGGGAAGCAGUUUAUAAAGAGGUACAUUUCCCGGCUUCUCAUGAAGUUGUAGUGUUUUCAGAGCACUCUGGGUCCCAGGGGAAAGCAGGUUCCCAACCAGGCUGUCUUUGGAGCCCUGGGCACCAGGAGCCAUAGGCCAGCAGGAGGACCCGCUCCAUCCCGACAGCACAAGGCCCCGCGUGGUGUCAGCAGGCAGCUUACAGGUUUCUGAAGAUGGACUUUUCUCCUGGGACACACAGAAUGGCUUCUUCGCUACCUAUUCAGGAGAACUUCGCCCUUACGUUGACUUUCACGUGAUCAGACUCACGUUUGUCCACAUUGGGGUCUCCCACUUCCCAUCCUGCUAUGAACCCUUGCGUUCAUUUCUGAGCAGUUUGUAUUGUGAUUUUGUCCAUCUCUUCUCAGCCUACGACUCUUACCUCUGCUGUUGUGACACCUUGUUGGAAGACGGUCACUGUCGCUGGGUUUGUGUGCCGCUUUUCAGGUAUCUUCCUGAAGAACGCUGGGAAGGGGCUCUGCCUGCAGAUCUUGGGUAGCAUUAGUCUUCUCUCUUCGCCACUGUUGGGCUGUGUUAAGAACUGGAAUCCCCACAGUGGCUGCAUCUUUUACAAACACUUGGCUAUACUGUUUCUUAAUCUGUCCAAAUCCCAUGACAGUCCACUAGCAUUUUCAAGGUGCAUUUUUCUAUCUCUUCUGCCUUAAGUCUCUCUGACCCUCAUCACAGAGAACCUCAUCAUUUAGGGGCUCAUGAAGAGAUCGACUGUCCUGCUAUUGAGUCCCACCUGGGAUACCUUUAAAGUUUGCUUGUGCAACUUUGUUUAAAGGAUGCAGUUUAAGAAUUUAAGAACCAAUAAAACUACACACAGGUCCUUUUUUAAAAAAAAAUGAGGAUUUGAGGGCUUGGGAUGUAGUUCAGUGGUAGAGUACUUCAUCUAGAAUGCCUGGAGUUUAAGCCCAGCAUUUUGUUACCUUUGCUGGUUUUUUGACAGCAAACUGUUUAGAAAUGUAAUCCUUAUUGUCAAAUGCUAAUAAAAUGCAGUGUUUGACCAGAGACAAGGAUAAUAUAUUUUAAAAAGAGCUGAAAAUCAUAAUGUCUGGGAUUUGAGUAUUCAGGAUGAUGAUCUCCAGCAAAACACAAUAGCCUAUAUUUUAUAAUCUUGAUGGGCUAGACCAGAUCAACUUAGAAAAUCAAUAAUCCUCCACUUCAAAACUUGGGACACUAUGAAACUAUGUACUCUGUGCCCAAAUUGUGUUUUUUUUUUUUUUUUUUUUUUUUUAAUUUUUUAUUGUGGGUUGUUCAAAACAUUACAAAUUUCUUGACAUAUCAUAUUCCACACUUUGAUUCUAGUGGGUUAUGAACUCCCACCUUCACCCCAUACACAGAUUGCAGAUUCACAUCAGUUACACAUCCAAAUUGUGUUUUUAAAGAUAAGACUUCAUUGUUAUUUCUAAUGUCUUUUAGGUAUGGAUUCUUAAAGUUUCACUGACUUCUCAAAGCCAAACAGAAAGGCCUUUUUUUUUUUUAAGGAGGUAAAAAUUUGCCUGUUUUACUAAAUUACUUCAUUUUCCAUGGGAGGAAGAGAUCUUUGUACAUUUUCUUGACCCAGAAGUGUUGCCAUCAAUUUUUUUUUUUGCGUCAUAAUUAAGGGCUGUUUCAUGUGUUCCCUACUUUUGGAAAACAAUGGGAAUUUUAAAUAUUGUAAACUAAAAGGCAAACCCUUGUAACUAUUUUAAGGAAAACUCCCUCCCUAAUUCCAGAGGGAGAAAUGUUUUCUUAUGCCAAAAAGGAGUGGGGUACAAGGAAAUGCUGGCAUUUCUUGCCUUCCGUGUCAAUCUCAACACCUGCUUAGAGUUUACUGACCAGAGUUGUGUCUAUUGUCUCUGAAGCCUGACAGGUAAACAGAUGUUGAUUGGCAUGGUGUGGGAGGGGGAAAGUCUAACCUGACCAGAUACCACAUGCAGAGCACCCUGGUUGCUCACUUUCCAAAGUUCAUGACCACCUUGGCCCUGGGAUAGCCACUGCCAGGCAUGCAAGGAACAGCUAGACGUGGCCAGGUCCCAGGCUUCUGUGUUCUCAGGUGGCCAUUCUACAUCGCAUCUGGGGCGUCCCAUCCCUCCACCUCCCCAUUCCAACUGCCCCAUAGAGCCGGUCUCAGCAGCCUUAUUCUAAAAAAACACUGAUCUUCCAGGCUCCCUUCCUGCAAAGGAAAGUUAUUUGCAGAAAUCUAGGCCAAACAAUUGGUAGAAUAAAGAUGUCUAAAGUUAUUUAUCAUAAAUUCAGGGAAAUGGAUGAAAUUUUUCCUGGCAUAGUCAGCAUGGAUGUUUCACAACAAAUCAAAAUAGUUUUCCAUUUGGAAAAGUGACCAUGAUUGUUAAAGCAUAAAAUCAUGGGCUUUAGCUGAUCAUUCUACAAAUGUUUCCACUUUAGAGAAAUCAUAGGAAAGUACCCGUUUACUACACAUCCCUCAGGGAUCUUGGAGGUAUUUGUUAGAUUACCAAAUCAAGUACCCCGAGGGAUCCCAUGUGUGUUGUGAAUUUGUUUUUAUUUCCCAGUGACGAGUCACACAUACUGCGGUAACCCUGUUCAUUAUUUAUAUCAGGUCAUGUAACAAGCAAAUAUUCAACAGUUAUGGAUAUGAUACUAUGAAGUAUUUUGUAUGAUUGUAUAUACUUAAUAACAAAGUUAUUUUUCUUA